AGCCUAAAAACUAUAAACAAAACUAAGGGAUGUUGCAUUUGGAGAGGCUACAGCUUACAUUUUACGGACGUGGACUGAGAAAACAAGCAAAGAAAACUGGGCUGAAAAGUAGUGAAGAGAGGAUUAUACUGUGUGUUGACCUUCAUUCCGAUUCACCUCCGCAGCACCGUUUCUUUCCUUAAACUGUGUGACUUUAAGGAAAGUUGGCUGGAAGGAUAAGUUGGAAGCAAAGUGGAAAGGAAAGAGGGCACCCUGAAUGGCACAAACCCUUUGAGAGUUAAUGUGGUCUUUUAUCUUUCUUCUCACUCUUUUCAGUGUAAAACGCUCACUUUCUCUGCCUGGAUCACCUUAUACCUUUCUCAGGUUCAGCCUAUCAGCACCUUUUUGUGUCGAGCUCUUGUUACUCCACCCCACCCUUGGGAAGAUGGCAUUAUACUGUAUUUGGAAGGGUAACAGAGCUCCCUCUAUCUCCCUGAGACAUGCCACUGACCUGUAAUUAAGUCCCAUUGUACUAUUCAGAGGAAAGUCCUCACCAAAACGGACAGAGGGCAGUGUGUGUGGAUUUCCAGCGGCUCAGAUACCGCUGUGACUAAUGCUCCACCACACAAGCAGGGUUUAUCAAAAAGGAACACAUGCAGCACACAUUAGAGCCUGCAUUUUCCCUCUCCAGAGGACUCAAAGCUAUGUUGAUUGGUAAUGAGAUACAAUCCAUGCUGUCCAUCUCUCAUUAGUGAACCAUUGCUCGCCGCCUCUGCCUCUGUGUUCUCACCGCUUAGCUCUCUCUCCCCCCUGUGUUUGUCUCUGCCUCGGCCUAGUGUGCUCUCCCCCUCACCCCCAUCUCCAACGCCACCAUUCAACCCCAUUGAUCAUGCAUGCAGAAAUUUAACACACCCCUUAAUUCCUGUCCAAAUAGCCCCUGUCCCACUUCCAGAGCUUCAUCUGUUCAUCUGCGGAGGAGAGAGUAGGCCUCUGUGCUGGCAGGACCCCGGCGGCCGUGCUCAGCGAGGUUAAACCGGCGUUGGAGAGGACGGUCGCGAAUCUAAAUCUGUGCCUGUGCAUCCUACGCCACACACUCUGAUCUUGCGGUUGCUCCAUGAUAUGUGUUUCCACAUGCAGCCAGUCCGAGAUGAUGAAAGCCCACGUGGCAUCUGCUGUCUCUCCGCCGGGCUUUUAUUUGGAAAGGUCAGACCGGAGGCAGUAGGGUUGAGAGCAGGAGACCGUCACGCCGGAACCUCGGUGGUGGGAUGAGAGAGAGGGACAGCGGCGGGGACUGAGUGGAGGAGGAGGUGGAGUCUGUCCCAGCCUGCAUCUGGCCCGCUCCCCUCUCUGUCACCCCGGGCCAAACCCGCCCAGCUCACUCACUCUCCGCCUGUUUUCCCGCACGGCUCGGCCCGGACACACUCAGUCAGUCACACUCACCGCGAGGACACGGAAUGGAGACGGAAGGGAGCCAGAGCAGCCUGUCCACCACGGACUCCCCUCACGACCCCUGCAAAAUGUUCAUUGGUGGACUCAGCUGGCAAACAACUCAAGAGGGUCUGAAGGAGUACUUCUGCAAGUAUGGCGAGGUGAAGGAGUGUAUGGUGAUGCGAGAUCCGGUUACUAAGCGCUCGAGAGGGUUCGGAUUCGUCACCUUUGUUGAUCAGGCCGGCGUGGAUAAAGUUUUGGCCCAAACCAGGCACGAGUUGGACUCAAAAACAAUCGAUCCCAAGGUGGCGUUCCCUCGCAGAGCUCAGCCCAAGCUGGUGACUCGAACCAAGAAGAUCUUUGUGGGCGGCCUGUCGGUUAACACGACCAUCGAGGACGUCAAGCAGUACUUUGACCAGUUUGGGAAGGUUGACGAUGCCAUGCUCAUGUUUGACAAGACCACCAACAGACACAGAGGGUUCGGCUUCGUCACGUUCGAGAAUGAGGACGUGGUCGAGAAAGUGUGUGAGAUCCACUUCCACGAGAUCAAUAACAAAAUGGUGGAGUGCAAGAAAGCUCAACCCAAGGAGGUGAUGUCUCCCACUGGCUCGGCCAGGGGGCGCUCUCGGGUGAUGCCCUAUGGGAUGGACGCCUUCAUGCUGGGCAUUGGUAUGCUGGGUUACCCGGGCUUCCAGACUGCCACCUACACCAGCCGGAGCUACGCUGGCAUCACUCCUGGAUACACCUACCAGUUCCCUGAGUUCCACUUAGAGAGGACUCCCCUUCUGACUUCACCCCACCCCCCUGAGCUCACAGCCAUUCCUCUAACGGCAUACGGACCAAUGGCAGCAGCAGCGGCAGCAGCAGCAGUGGUCAGAGGAUCGACCCCGUCUCGCACGGCUGGAUUUUUAGGUACGAGCAGCCCUGGUCCGAUGGCGGACCUUUACGGAACAGCCAGUCAGGAGUCGGCCGUGAGCAGUUACCUCAGCGCUGCGAGCCCUGCCCCGAGCACUGGAUUCAGCCAUAGUUUGGGGGGCCCUUUGAUUGCCACGGCCUUCACUAACGGCUAUCACUGAGAGUGUGAUGCAGAGCUGUAGACUGAGAGCUGGAAGGAGUUGAAGCUGCUUUGGAGCUGAUCUGGCCUGUCUCUGUCCAGUCCGCGGCUCCGGCUCAGGGUGGCUGAACCUUCACCCCACCCACACUGGUGUCAGCCACAUCCAGUCAACUACUGACACCUCACUAAACCCCCAACUCGUUGGGGGCAGAAAAAAAAGUUUAAAACCCUUCACAAAAGGAGCGAAAAAGUAUAUCACUACAUGUAAUAGCAACACAUUCAGAUGCUGUAUUUUUGUGUGUGUGUUUUUUUUUCUUUUCUUUUCUGUUAUGUUUCACUUUGUUGUUUUUUUUGUGAUGGCUGCGUUAUUUCAUUAUCUGUUUUGGCUGUGUUUUAUUGGGUUAUUCGACCUCUUUAACCUGAUCUCUCUGAGAUAAGAGGAGUUCAUUCUCCGGGUGACGCCUGUUUGAAGGUCAGGAGUUGUAAUUUGUACUGGAAAAAAUGUAUAUUUGUCGCUAGUUCAUACUGAAUUUUAACAUUUGGCAUUAAUACUAUUUCUUGAAAAUGUUUCACAAAGUGUAUAUCUUGGUAGGUUCUUAACAUUGACUUGUCACACUAAUAACGGUCCGACGACAAAGGUCAUUAGUCUCAUUUACUCAUUAGGCCUUCACAAGGUGUACAAUUUUGUAAAAUAAUGUAAAUACGACUGGUUUCCGGGGGGAGGGUCCUGCUGUUUUCUUUGUGUCUGGGAGGUGGGAGGCUAUUGGAGAAGUGGUACGAUUGCUUCUUUCAUCAAUCAGUUGGAAAGCUUGACUGUUACGUCUCAUCGUUUCACAUGGAGGUGGAGAACAUUUCAGUUGUCCUGUCUACGUUAGACCAGCCUCCUGCUGUAUUUCUCUCCCGCCGUGAGUCGUCUAUGGCGUUCAGAAGCUGCCUCAGAGACGAAACACUUUGAGUCCAGUCGGAGAGAGGCUGAGUCUGGAACAACACCUAGCUACUUUUGGCAGACGACGGUGUGAGAACACUCCUUUGUCAGGAGAGGGGUGGGGGUGUGGGGAAAAAGAUGCUGUUUUCUUACUUUAUCAUGUUGUUGUUUUAACUGUGAUUUUCAAUAUGUGAUGAAUGUUUGUGAAGGAAAAUGAAGGAUUAGUGUGCAGGAGCGGUCAUGCACAGCUAGCAUGUUCAUGGCCGACUCCCUCUGCAGGUUGUGUCGAUGUUUGCGUGAGCUUGUUGGUUGGUUUUGUUCACACUGGUUUCCAGUGCGCCGCUCGAGGGGACGGUACCUCAGUUGCAAAUGUGAAAUUUUAAUCUGACUUUUUUUUUUAUAUAUAUAUAACUACAUUAACAUCAAUGUCAAGGUACGGAUGGUUGAACCUUUUAGAAAGGUGGCAACAGGAACAGGUGGGGUCUUAUUAACUUGUUUACCUGUCUUACCCCCCACCCUAUCCAUCACUGCAUAUCCACUGGAGGUCACAGACUGUAGCCAUGUGACAGCUAUUUUUAGACCAAAACAAUUAUUUUCAGAGCUACUAGGAUGUUGCACUGGCCGAUCACGAUAAAUGUAUUAUUUCCUUCGAAUGUUAGCUUAAAGAACAAAGCACUCUCAAUUUACAAAACAACUGGUUUUACAUUUUCUUACACUUGCUCUCACUGCUGUGGGCUACGAAGGUAUUUCAGAAUGAUGAUGAUGAUGAUGAUGAUGAUGAUGAUGAUUUCACUGAAAAAUAACAAUCUUGUCAACACUGUAACAUUGUCUGAUUUACUUUUUCCUGUCAUGUGUAUUCCUUUUGGGGGAAAAAACUUUUUAAAAUUCCUAAUAAAUUAUUUUAAAACAUUCCA